CUAUUUGACACACAUGUCUGUUUAUGUAUGUCAAGGUGAAUUGUCAAGAUACAAAAAAUAUUAAUAUUUUUUUUAAUUAUUAAGCUGUUUUUCACCUAAGGUAAAAUCUAUAAAACAUAAAUAUUACUAUCAAUCCUGGAUUUUUAGUGUCUAGUGAAUUAUAAUUUGUUGAACAAAUAAUGCUAGUACGGACGCUUUCGAACCCGUUGUAAUUUACAUCAAUGGGAAACCUAGACUUCCUUCUUUGUGCUCUGAGACGACCAAGUUUUAAAGGUGUUUACAAAUAAUGUUAGAUAAGUAGCAGACAUAUAAUGGGAGACAAGUUAAAUGGAGAGUUCUUCGCACCUGGUGCAACAACCUUCAACUUUAACAAUGUGACGGGGGGUGCAGACAGCGCCAGCGGCGGCUCGGGCGGGUCGGGCAUGGAGUGCAUCCAACUGCGCUCGCCGCCUGGUCCGUUCCACUACCUCAUCUCGGAGCAGGCUAAGUCCCUUGUUGCACUACAGGAACUCCAGAAUGAGGUCGGCGCUUUGCUCGAGUUCCGCGACCUCGUCAUCGAGACGUUCCCCAACCUGCGCUCGAAGAUGCCGCCGUCGACGCCGGCGAGCGGCACCCGCCGCGACUGGGAGCCCGGCGUGCGCGUGCGUCGGAAACUGGCCGGCGGCACGGCCGAUUCGGCGCGCGCCAAGCCACAACCGUCUGUUCAGGACUCCGGGUUCAGCACUGAGACCUCUUGCGGCAAGGACGCUCAUUCAUCGUCCGCCUCCGCUUCCGCUUCCGCCAGCGCGUCCCGCCCGCGCCCGCUCGAGGACGAACUGUUGGCGUUACUCGACGUCAUACAACGCAAGGGAAUCCGGUUAAGAGACGAGGCAGAACUAUUGCGCACUGAACUCGAUGAACGACAUACAGGAGACACUGCGGAGGAGUCCUUUGCGCGUGCACUCUCAGCUUCAGGCGGUUGCAACGACUGCGCCGACUUCCAGCGGUUGCGUUGCGAGCGCGACGCGUUACUUGCGCGCGCGGCCCAACUAGAAGCGGAAGCGGCCGCGACUCCCGCGCCCGUACUAUCCGCGCGGACGCCGCUCGGCCGGCUAGACGCCGCGCUCGAAACGCCAACGCGACCGCCCGCUGUCGCCACGCCCGACUCCAAGAAGUUCGCGGCGAUUCUCCUAGAGAGCAAUCCCGUCGAACUGCAGAGGCAACUGCUCACAUCCACCGUGCAGAAUCAGGUGCUGUGUGAAAAACUGAGGCGUGCGGCUGCGCAGCGGACGUUACUACUGGAAAGACUCGAGCGUACCAGGGACGUCAAUGAGGACCUUAAAUUUAGGUUAGAGGAAAAGACGAUAGAACUGGAAGGGGCGCGAGCAUGCAUAAGACAAUUGGAAGGUCGUCGCCGAAGCCCUUCACGGCACACAAGCAUGCGAGAUAUGGAACCCCUACCACUACCCGAUGAAGACAACGACCCUAUAGAAGGCGAAGAAGCGAGAAUAUCCGAAACUCCGCGAAGAAGACCAUCAAAAAUCCCUUUAAAAGCGGCCGCUCCCAGACCCCCUUCCGCUCAUAGCGUCAGAUCUGUCGCUUCAACAAGAUCGCAUUCCCAUCAGACGAACAAAUCUUCGGUCCCCGUGCGAAGAACAUCCCCGUUAGACAACAAGAAAACAAGCGGCGUCGGGCGCCGUGGCGACUCUGUGAGCCGGGACUCGUUGAGCCGCGAGGGUGCCGCCACUCCGAGCCGCGAGAGUUCUAGCCGGGAACCAUUGAGCCGGGCGAGUUCGAGCCGCGAGACUAUGAGCCGGGUGAGUGUAAGCCGCGCGGCCUUGGCCGAAUACGUCGCCCGCGCUUCCCGUCUAGCUCCACUAUUCCCUCGCCUUCACACAGUACGCACGCGACCCCUACCAUCCGAACUCGCUUUAGAAUACCGGCUCGCUUACGACAGCCCGCAGAAUCUCGCCCUAGAACUAUCAAAGUCCAUCUUGUACGAGAACGAGACAGCUAUAGACGCCAAAUCGCUCGCAUCGAUCGACUCCGCAGCAGAUUCCCUGUGGAACGGAAAGCCGCAGCAGUAUUUCGAGAGUAUGCAGUACGGCGCCUCCGCUGAUUCCGAUGGUAGGGACUACGACAGUGACUCUUUGGCGCCGCAUUCGUAAAUGUGUUUUAGACUGCGUAUGAGAGUUAAUUUUUUUAUUAAUAAUACUUUGUAUGUGUCAAAGUUAUUGAGUCUACUAGUUUGAAACGAGGCUCGAUUAUACUAGAGUGCGAUAGUUUUUUCGUUCUGUAGAGAUCGUGCGCAAGAGAUUGUCGCCUUAAAACAGCAAAACGUAAAUCUCUUUGGCUGGGGGCUAAAUGUCUAACUUUAUCUCUAUCGCUUUCCCCUUUAGAAGCUAAAGAAAAGUGUCAAUGUGACAAUAACAUCUCUUUCCCGACUAUGAAAUGGGAUGACGGAAAGCGAAAAAGUUACACAAUUGGGCCUCAGAGUUUAUUACCGGUGCAUUUCUUUUCCAAGUUCCUAUCUGUAGUCUAAUAAUAUCGCUACGUGUGUCGUACUCGUUUGUGUUUCAGUUAUUAAAUGUAUCAUUCCGAGUUGCGAGAGCGCUCGCAUUAUGGUUUUCUAGUUUGUGUGAUCUGUGUAUGUGAUAUUUGUCACUUUCUAUCAUUUUCUACUACACAUAUUAAUUUUUCGUCAUCGUCCCCCCAGCCUUAAUAAUCAAUUUUGAAGUUUACCUGAAUUUCUUUUACGAAGUAUGCAUUCGAAUCUAUAGGGAUUUAUGUAGUUAUUUAAUACUGUAAUUAUCUAAACUUAUUAAUGUGAUAUUUUUUGUUGAAAGUAUGCUUCGUUAAUCUGAAGCUUCAAUAAAUUAGUUAAUAUUUCCAUAGAAAUGUUAUACUAUGAAUAAUAAAAAAUAUUAUUAAUGAAAUAACCGAUUGUAUAUUCCCCUCAUUGUUAUUAGUAAUUGAGCAGAAAAUCUAAUGAUAUUAUGAGAAUAGGUUAACUGUGGAAAAAUCUUCGUCCCUCUCACGGCUCUACAAAGAUUUUCAGACUUCAUUCAUUAAUUAUAUAAUGCAUUAUAUGUGUGUACGCAGAGUACGGUAGCUAUUUAAUAUGUAACAUCAUUCCUGUGUCUAAAGGACAGACUGUAACUAAUUUUAAAUCGAGUGAGAGCUUGGAACGACUGUAGCAAGGCUGUGAAACACUGAAUAGUGCUUGAAGUUGUGUCUGAUGUAAAAUAUGGGAAAGACCUAAGUGUUAAUCUAAUUUUAAAUCUAUAAUGGUACACAAGGUACGUUUAUGAUUGUGAGAACUUAAUACAUAAUUAAUUUAUACUUUAAUAUACUAUAUUGUUGUUAAAACUCCAAACGUCCAUACUGUAACGUCCUAUUAUGCGUCGCAACGCAUGACUGCCUGAGUUACUGCAAAAAUAGUUGAUUUUAGUAGUGUAAAGUUUGCUUUUCACACGACAGAGCUCGGUAACAAAUAGUAGGAGACUGAUUUUGUAUAAAUCUAAUGAAAUAUAUAGUGAUAUGCUUAUACCAAGGGAGGAAGAAGGGAACUCGCGUUUGGGUGCCCUUAAUGUACAUUUUGUCUAAAAUUUAAGCUUCUUACUAUGUAAAAAGUUGCCUAUUAAUAUCUAUUAAUGUAAUUGAAUUGUUCUUAAGCAAAUAUUCCAUACUAUAGACUAUGAUUGUAUUUUUUGUAAGUUAGAAAUUAAUAGUUAAAAUAAAAUUUAAGUCAACUGUUUUAUUGUGUUAUUGUACAGCUUUCAUUCACGCUCUUAGAAUUUGUAAAUUAUUAAGCCACUACCUACGAUUAAGAUACUCAUAACAUUAUCUAGUUGACUUGAAUCUAGUUGGUGACUAUCAUUAUAGAAUUGUACAGAAAUCAUAUCAUUAUAUACAAAUUAUUCAAAUAAAUUGUUC